AGUCGUUGGCCACAGAUGACGCGCGCUGGCGGCUCUGGUGGCUGAUGUGCGACCGGAUGCUAGGCUGGUACGGCGAGCCCGUGCGCGUAUCGGACAUGGAGCUCUGCAGCUUGUGGAUGCCCAAGAACGCCAGCUCGUGCGUGGCGUUUGACUCAGCAUACGAUGGUGAGUAGCCAGAUGUCCAGUGUAUAUUGCGGGCUGUACGGCGACCCUGCAGCUGUCUGGUCGCGCCGCCGCCGAAUGCGUGUCCUGGUCACGCUUUCUGAGUCGCCCGGCCGUGGCGGCUCGUAGAAGUACUGCGUGUCGUCGUCACGGCCCAUAAACGGAUCCGUGAACUGCAUGUUGCUGGAGGGCGGUGGUGGUGGAAUCAGCGGUACGUCGAGCUCGUCUGACGCAUUGCCGGCCAGCAGCGGCUGUCUGUCCUCGCUUGCGGACUGGGUGCGCGAGCGCCGCCGGAUGACCGUCUCUGGAAACGGUGUGCCCGGCCGCACCCUGGCUCUCACCGAAGGACCGCGACCGGGUAUGGUCCCUGCCCCCUGCACGCUCAGCCCGGGAUGCAUCCGACGCCAUGGUUGUUGCCCGGCGCCGCCGCGUGGGGGACACCGGCGAGCCCUCCGUCAUCCGUGUUGGCGUUGGCGACCGCGCCAGCAGUGUCGGCGUCCGCACCAUCCGCUCGGGCGGCGGUACCUGCACGUCAUAGCUGGGUCGGCCAGACCGCGAGCGCCGGCCGCUGAUCAGCCCCUGCUCCUCCUCCUCAUUCGCAUUGCCCGGCUGCAAUGUCUCGUCUGGCGUAUCACUAUCGGACUCGUCGUUCACAAACGGUAUGGCCGGCUUGAUUGCCAGGUUUGUGACACCGCUGCGACGUGCUACAGCCUGCGACCAACUGCCCUCUUCGUCCAGUUCCUGGAUCGGCUCGAACCGCUGCGGCGUCCCCGCGGUGCUGUUCAUUGGCGGGCUGGUAAGACUAAAUGGCCGCCCAAAUAGCCCCGAGUCCCGGUCCUUUCCCGGCGAUGGCGUC